AUGGUCUCCAAAGGUCUGUUGGCUCUGGUGUUGAGCGCUAUCUCUUUGACUGGCGUAGAAGCCAGGGUCUGUAUCAAGCGAAGCUCCGGCCUUUCUCUCACAGACCUGCUUUCACUGGGAUUCAAACUCCUAUCAUCUCCCUCUCAGCUCCGAAAUCCAGCGACAUCGUUUCAACCCGUUCAACAGCGGCCUCGCCGAUUUCCGAGAAUAUUCCUUCGACAAUACUUAGCAACAACUCCUUCCACUUCUCUCUCUGAUCUCCCUGCGACUCCCAGUAUCACCCCCUCCACGGAUGCUUUAUCCACCACCCCAGUUAUCGCACCUUCUACUGAUCUUCCAGCUACCACUCCAGAGGUCACUUUUUCUACUAUCGCCUCGUCUUCUACCCCGGAAGUCACUUCUUCUACCGUUGUUCCAUCACUACUCUCCUUCGAGCAAGGCGUCAACCCCUGGAUCAACUCCCAAGGUGCAGUGGCUUCCUCGAGCGGAGCCGUGACCGCCAGGGACGGAAAUUCCUACUUCCUUGCCACUCUUACCGGGUCCAACAAUUUCAUCUCCGUUCGCCAGUCGCUGCAGCUGGAAAUAGGACAAACAUACGAGGUCAAGGCGUACUAUGGUCUGGGAGCCCGCCAGAACUUUGGCACCUCUGGUGUCUGCAACCUUCAGCUCACAAUGGGCGGCGAACUCCAGGGGUCUGUGAUCAACUUGACGCCGGCGGGUGUUGGACAGUGGAACCUUUUCGAAAGAACCUACGUUGCAACCGACACUAAUGUUGUCAUUCGAUACGUACUUACCUGCUCCGGUGUCACGAGUGUUGAUGGCCUGCUGGAACUGGUCACAGUUCCUUCGAUUGUCCAACAACUCCUGCCGCUGCUACCUCAGUACCCCCCGCCCCUUAAAUCAUAA